AUGGUAAUCUGCGGAUCCGUCGAGCCAGACCCCUCGCCCGCCCCCCGCGACGAUGGCGGCGGCGGCGGCGGCUGCGGCUGCGGCACACGUGCCGCGCUCCCAGCCCACGGCGCACGCAUCCCAGCCCCCCCCGGCGUCCUGCUCGUCGGCGCCGCCCCGCUGCCCGCCGCCCACGGCGCCGCC